UCAGCUGCGCGGUACUGUCCCUGAGGGAAGGAAGUUGGCCUAGGAGCGGCUUGUGCUCUGUGGGCAAGGCCCAGGCCGGCAGCAGUAGCUGCUUCGACAACCUGUGUGCGGCGCGAUGGGUGACGAGAUGGAUGCGAUGAUCCCCGAGCGGGAAAUGAAGGAUUUUCAGUUUAGAGCACUGAAAAAAGUGAGAAUCUUUGAGUCCCCUGACAAGUUGCCCAAGGAACGCACGAGUUUGCUUGCCGUGUCCAACAAGUAUGGUCUGGUCUUUGCUGGUGGAACCAGUGGAUUGCAAAUUUUUCCUACUAAAAAUCUUCUGAUUCAAAAUAAACCUGGGGAUGAUCCCAAUAAAAUUGUUGAUAAAGUCCAAAGCUUACUAGUGCCUAUGAAAUUCCCUAUACAUCACCUGGCCCUGAGCUGUGAUAACCUCACACUGUCCGUGUGCAUGAUGUCCAGUGAAUAUGGCUCCAUUAUCGCUUUUUUUGAUGUUCGUACAUUCUCAAAUGAGGCUAAACAGCAGAAACGCCCAUUUGCCUAUCAUAAGCUUUUAAAAGAUGCAGGAGGCAUGGUGAUUGAUAUGAAAUGGAACCCCGCUGUUCCCUCUAUGGUGGCAGUUUGUCUGGCUGAUGGCAGUAUAGCUGUCCUACAAGUCACAGAAACAGUGAAAGUGUGUGCAACUCUUCCUUCCACAGUAGCGGUAACAUCUGUGUGCUGGAGCCCCAAAGGAAAGCAGCUGGCAGUGGGAAAACAGAAUGGAACUGUGGUCCAGUAUCUUCCUACUUUGCAGGAAAAAAAAGUCAUCCCUUGUCCUCCAUUUUAUGAGUCGGAUCAUCCAGUCAGAGUUCUGGAUGUGCUGUGGAUCGGUACCUAUGUCUUCACGAUAGUGUAUGCCGCUGCGGAUGGCACCUUGGAAACGUCGCCAGAUGUGGUGAUGGCCCUGCUGCCUAAAAAGGAAGACAAGCACCCAGAGAUAUUUGUGAACUUCAUGGAGCCCUGCUACAGCAGCUGCACGGAGAGACAGCAUCAUUACUUCCUCAGUUACAUUGAGGAAUGGGAUUUAGUGCUGGCAGCAUCUGCGGCUUCUACAGAAGUUAAUAUCCUUGCUCGACAGAGUGAUCAGAUAAACUGGGAGUCUUGGCUACUGGAGGAUUCUGGUCGAGCUGAACUACCUGUGACAGACAAGAACGAUGACUCCUUGCCCAUGGGAGUUGCCAUAGAUUAUACUAACCAAAUGGAAAUCACCAUCAAUGAUGAAAAGACUCUUCCUCCUGCUCCAGUUCUUAUGUUACUUUCAACAGACGGUGUGCUUUGUCCAUUUUAUAUGAUCAAUCAAAAUCCUGGCAUUAGAUCCCUCAUCAAGUCACCAGAACAGCUCUCAUUAGAAGGGGAGCGACAACCCAAGUCAUCAGGAAGUACUCCCACAACCCCAACUUCCUCUCAAGCCCCACAGAAGAUUGAUGCUUCAGCAGCUGCAGCUCCUGCUUCUGUUCCACCUGCGUUGCCUGUUGCUCCCACCUCCACCUUCUCUUUGCCAUCUGUUGUUGGAACCUCUGCCGUGUUCUCCUUUGGCUCUUCAUCCUUGAAGUCAUCUGCUUCUGUCACUGGGGAGCCCCCUCCAUAUUCCAUUGCAUCAGACAAUUCCAAACCAACUCUGGGCUCUGGUGCAAUGGCCUUCUCUUUUGCUCCUCCUCCUAAGACUCCUCUAGCUCCUGCCCCUGUGGCAUAUCUUGUGGCGCCAUCAGCUGUUUCAUUCUCCUUUGGGUCAUCAAGUUUUAAACCUACCCUGGAAAGCACAUCAAUGCCAAGUGUGUCUGUGUCAAACAUAGGAAUGAGGUCCUCCUUCCCGCCUUCAGCCUCUGCGGUCAAAGCCAACCUUAGUGAAAAGUUUACUUCUGUGGCUACCUCGGCUCCUGUUAAUAGCUCACAGAGCACACCCUCGAUGCUGCCCUUCUCUCCUGCCUCCAAGACAGGUUCCUCUGGGUCUGUCAGCCACCCCAUGCCUCUCUCAGCACCAUCCAGCUCCAUGGCAUUAAAGCCCUCAGUCUCUCCCUCAGCAGCAGGACGAUCUGCUCAGGGCAGUCUGAGUCCAGCGUCCUCAAUGGUACAGAAAUCACCCAGGAUUACCCCUCCAGUGGCUAAGUCAGGUUCUCCCCAGGUGAAAUCACUUCAGCCUCCGGUUUCAGAAAAGCAGGGACAUGAGUGGAAAGAGUCAGAUCCUGUGAUGGCUGGAAUCGGGGAGGAGAUUGCACACUUUCAAAAGGAGUUGGAAGAGCUGAAAGCCCGCACUUCCAAAGCCUGUUUCCAAGUGGGCACUUCUGAGGAGAUGAGGAUGCUGCGAAUAGAAUCAGAUGACUUGCACACCUUUCUUUUGGAGAUUAAAGAGACCACAGAGUCUCUUCAUGGAGAUAUAAGUACCCUGAAAACAACUUUACUUGAGGGCUUUGCUGGUGUUGAAGAAGCCAGAGAACAAAAUGAAAGAAAUUGUGACUCUAGAUAUCGACAUUUACUUUAUAAGAGACCACUGGACCCCAAGAGUGAAGCUCAACUCCAGGAAAUUAGGCGUCUUCAUCAAUAUGUGAAAUUUGCUGUCCAAGAUGUGAACGAUGUUCUAGACUUGGAGUGGGAUCGGCAUCUGGAACAAAAGAAAAAACAAAAGCGCCUGCUUGUGCCAGAGCGAGAGACACUGUUUAACACCCUAGCCAACAACCGGGAGAUCAUUAACCAACAGAGGAAGAGGCUGAAUCACCUGGUGGACAGUCUUCAGCAGCUCCGUCUUUAUAACCAGACGUCCCAGUGGAGUCUUCCCUCGCCUGUUCCUUCCCAGAGCAGCACUAACAGUUUUGACAGCGACCUUGAAAGCCUGCGCAAUGCUUUAUUGAAAACCACCGUAGAAUCUCACACCAAACCCUUGCCCAAAAUACCAGCUAAAUUGUCCCCUGUGAAACAGGCACAAUUGAGAAACUUCUUGGCCAAGAGGAAGACCCCACCAGUAAGAUCCACUGCUCCAGCCAGCCUUUCUCGGUCAGCCUUCCUGUCUCAGAGAUAUUAUGAAGACUUGGAUGAAGUCAGCUCGACGUCAUCCAUUUCCCAGUCUUUGGAAGGUGAAGAUGUACAGGUGCCAUGUAAGGAUGAGGAUACGGUGGUCCAAGUCCCCAGGCACACCCCUGUGGUUCGCACACCCUCCAUCCAACCCAAUCUCUUGCCUCAGGCAACUCCUUUUGCUAAAUCUCAUCUGAUUCAUGGUUCUUCACCUGGCGUGAUAGGAACUUCAAUAUCUACAUCUGCCAGCAAAAUUAUUCCUCAAGGGGCCGAUAGCACAAUGCUUGCAACAAAAACCGUGAAACAUGGUGCCCCUAGUUCUUCCCACCCCAUCUCAGCUCCCCAGGCAGCUGCUGCUGCAGCCCUGAGACGGCAGAUGGCCAGUCAGGCGCCAGCUGUAAGUACCUUGACUGAAUCGACUUUGAAGAAUGUCCCUCAAGUGGUAAAUGUGCAGGAGUUGAAGAAUAAUCCAGCAGCCCCUUCUCCAGCAAUGGGUUCCUCAGUGCCAUACUCUGCAGCCAAAGUACCGCACCCAAUGUUGACCCCAGUGGCUUCUAACCAAGCCAAGCAGGGUUCUCUAAUAGAUUCCCUAAAGCCAUCUACGCCCAUACCAACAUCCACUCCAUUGUCAUCUGGUGACAAAGCUUCAGGGCCAGGGACAGCCAAGAUAGAAACAGCUGUGACGUCUACCCCAUCUGCUGCUGGACAGUUCAGCAAGCCUUUCUCAUUUUCUCCAUCAGGGACUGGCUUUAAUUUUGGGAUACUCACAUCAACACCAGCUUCUAAUUUUACUGGUGCCCAAGGGGCAACACCCCCCAGUAAAGAGGCAAACCAGCUUGAUGCGUUCUCAUUUGGUGGGGUGGGCAAACCUUUUUAUGAGACCACCCCUGAAAGCCCACCUCCUUCAGGAAUCACAUCAGCGUCAAACACCGCUGGAGCUGCUGUGGCUUCUUCAGGAGAGUUUGUUCCAUCUAACAGCAGACUUGUGGCACCUUCUGGAAUUGCUCUUCCCACAGCCUCUAGCAAGCUAGAAACUCCUUCAUCAAAGUUGGGAGACUUUCUAUUCCCAAAUUCUCUGACUGGAGAGACUCUAGGAAGUUUUUCAGGAUUGCGGGUUGGCCAAGCAGAUGAUUCUACAAAGUCAGCCAGUAAGGCUUCCUCCACAAGCCUAACUAGUGCACAGACAACCAAGACUUCAACCGGACCUUCAGGGUUUAGUUUUACUGGCCCUCCAGUGUUAGGGAAGCACGUGGAGCCCCCUGUGACCUCCUCCAUGACCUCUACCACAGUAGCAUCACCAGCAGCAGCCAGCACAAGUACUAGCAGUUCCUCAACUGGUGUUUUUGGCAGCCUGCCACUCACCAGUGCAGCUUCCUCCGGGGUAAUCAAUUUUGGCGGGACUUCUUUAAGUGGUGGCAAGGCUAGUUUUUCAUUUGGAAGCCAACAGACAGGUAGUGCAGUGACCCCAUCUGUCCCACCAUCAGCUACAACUGCCACUGCCCUGCCUGCAUCAUUCCCUGCAUUGUCACUUGGUAACCUCCUGAGUUCAGCAUCUGCUACCACCCAGCCUGUGUCCUCUGGUAAAAACACAGAGGAAGUCACAUCAUCAGCUCUGCCAGAGAAGCCAGGCAGCAGUGAGGUUGCAGCAUCAAUGCCCUCACCUCUAGGGCAGCAACAGUCAGCCCAGCUUUCCCAGUCUCCUCUGCAAACUUCUGACUCUGUUAAAAAAGAGCCUGUUCUUGCCCAGCCUGCUGUCAGCAACUCCACCACCAUAGCAUCUAGUGCCAGUCUCGCAGCACCUUCUGCAGAGGCCACUCCAGCAGCCACCGGGGUACCUGACGUUAAGACAGAGGCAGUAUCUCCGGCUCCCACUUUUUCAGUGCCUGGGCAGGCUGCUGUCACAGCAACUACAAUCACAAGUGCAGUCCUCGUGGCUGCAGAAACAUCGAACAGCCCCACAACCUCCAGCACUGUUUCCGGUAUUGCUCCAAGCACAGCUGCAGAGACAGCAGUGUUUGGAACUGUCACUUCUGGCGCAUCUGUCUUUACUCAGCCACCUGCUGCCAGUUGUAGCUCAGCUUUUAGCCAACUCACCAACAACACAGCCACUGCCCCCUCCACCUCCCCCAUGUUUGGGCAGGUGGCAGCCAGCACUGCACCAAGCCUGUUUGGGCAGCAGACAGGCAACAUAGCAAGCACAGCAGCUUCCACAGCACCAGUCAGCAGCUCAGGAUUUGGCAGUCCAGCUUUUGGCACCUCAGCAACAGGGGUCUUUGGACAAGCGACCUUUGGGCAGGCGCCUGCCUUUGGGCAGCCUACGAGCAGCUCCGCAAGUGGCUUCUCCUUCAGUCAGUCUGGGUUCAGUUCAGUGCCUGCUUUUGGUCAAUCCAUUUCCUCCACCACCACAUCUACCAGUGGGAAUGUCUUUGGCCCCUCCUCAAGCACCAGUAGUUCCAGCUCCUUCUCGUUUGGACAGUCUUCUGCCAACACAGGAGGAGGACUGUUUGGCCAAAGUAAUCCUCCUGCCUUUGGUCAGAGCCCAGGCUUUGGACAGGGAGGCUCUGUAUUUGGUAGUACUUCAGCCACCACCACAACAGCAACAUCCUCUGGGUUUAACUUUUGUCCAUCUUCAGGUUUUGGGUCUAGCAGUACUGGUUCUGUGUUUGGUCAAGCAGCCAGUACUGGUGCAACAGUCUUUGGCCAGCAGUCAUCCUCUUCCAGUGGUAGCGUGUUUGGUUCUGGAAACACUGGAAGAGGGGGAGGUUUCUUCAGUGGCCUUGGAGGGAAACCCAGCCAGGAUGCAGCCAACAAAAACCCAUUCAGCUCAGCCAGCGGGGGCUUUGGAUCUACAGCUACCCCAAAUACCUCUAACUUAUUCGGAAACAGUGGGGCCAAGACAUUUGGUGGAUUCACCAGCUCAUCAUUUGGAGAACAGAAACCGGCUGGCACUUUUAGCUCUGGAGGAGGAAGUGUGGCAUCUCAAGGCUUUGGGUUUUCUACUCCAAAUAAAGCAGGUGGCUUCGGUGCUGCUCCAGUGUUUGGCAGCCCUCCUACUUUUGGGGGAUCCCCUGGGUUUGGAGGGGUGCCAGCAUUCGGUUCAGCCCCAGCCUUUACAAGCCCUCUGGGCUCGACGGGAGGCAAAGUGUUCGGAGAGGGCACUGCGGCUGCCAGCGCAGGAGGAUUCGGGUUUGGGAGCAGCAGCAACACCACAUCGUUUGGCACCCUCGCAAGUCAAAAUGCUCCUACUUUUGGAUCACUGUCUCAACAGACUUCCGGUUUUGGGACACAGAGCAGUGGAUUCUCUGGUUUUGGAUCCAGUGGAGGAGGAUUCAGCUUUGGAACAUCUAACUCGUCUGUCCAAGGGUUUGGUGGAUGGAGAAGUUGAGUGGGUGUCAUCGUCCCUUUCAGUUCUUAUCACUGACCGGCUGCACUCUCAGAUCCUCUCCACAGAGAAAUCCUGAAGCCGGCUUCUAAAGUGGACCUUCUCCAUUGAAACACACACAUGCCCAGAAAGAAACAACAAUAACCAAAAAAUCUAAGAUGCUUGAUUGAUUGUCUGUUUUCUUUUAUAUUUUAUCUUGGGAUUUUAGUUUUUUUGUUUCUCUGCUAUUAAACUCUUCUGGUCUGUUUUGGUACAGAAUAUAUGUGGGUUUUUUCAGGUUAUAGCCAAGGAGAGGUUUUCCCAUUUCUGUGGUGCUCAGAAACCUCCACAGCCUUCUCCCAGCCAGCAAUGUAUGUCUUCAAGGAUGACAUCAAAAGUAACCAGCAUAGGAUCUUGACACACGAAAGGACUAGGCAGAGGCUUCUCCCAGGGAAUCUCCCUGACCACGCUUGGACCUAAGGCCCAGUAGAGGGGAAGUGGAAUGCUGGAGGGCCGCCUUCCUGAGGCCACAGCUUGGCAUCUUCUCAGCAUGUCCUUUUUGCUACUGUGUAUCAGGGCCUCAACGUACCAACUCUUUGACCAGGUGGAUGCGUCAGAACUCACGUAAGAGCAGGCAUCAGUUGCGCUUCAGAGGUGGUAAUAGCACCAUUAAGUAUAGUUAGCUGUGAGGCAAGCAUGAAAAAUAGAUCAAAUGAGGAUUUCCAUCUCCUUUCCUUGGAGAGGGGCCACAGCUGAGUUGUGACAAACGGGUAUGCUGCCUUUGAACACCCUCAUUGACCUUCAUUUAGCUCUUGGGCACUGUGUGUCCCACAGCUGAUUUCUUCUAUCCUGGAGAAGAGGUAGGCAGUUGAUUGAGAAGGCGUUCUUUAUGUCCAGGACGUGACAGUGACAUUGGUAACCACGCCUAGCACUCUCUUAACCACAGUGCGGAUAACCCUUGGGGAGACCCAGGAGUUGUGAAGGCACUGCUGUCUCCAGAUACCACUAGCCAGGCAGUGCUGGCUUUGACAACAGUGUUUGUUAGCAUGGCCAGUAGAGCAUAAUUUCAGUUUUGUUAAAGUGCUUAUUUUCCUAUAAUGCAGUAUCUUACAGGCCUGGGCAUAUUUUAUUUCUUAGGCCUGUAAUAUUCUACAGAGUUGCUAACAAACAGGGCUUCUCUGCCUCAAAAGUAGGGCUGAGAAUUUCUUAUCUUUCAGGCCCAGAAUAUGGCAGUGCUUUGGGCGGGGUCAGUAGCAGGGGAGAGUUGGAAAGGGGUCAGUUUAGAGUUUUGCGUACUGGAAAGUUGUAUUUUAAAAUGUUUUAAUAAAAGUUGUACAUGUGAUAUUAAUUUGUAUUGUUACAACAAGUUUAACCUUGGUUUUAUUGGCUUGUAUGGGGAGGGCAGACCAGAAUGUGGUUUCCCCUGUGGCCCAGCCUGAUCUGGGAGGCCGUAUUCUGGCUGGGCCUCGGACUCAUCUGGGGAGCGUUUUGUAAAGUGCAGAUUCAUAGGCCUCGAGCUCAAGAUUCCGAUCUGGAGCUGGACCCCAAAUGAAUUUUUAUUCAAUGGUAUCUUAAGCUCAUAACUAGAGGAGUCUCAUAGUAUAGCACUCUUGGGUUUCAGAAACCCCUCCUGAACCAGCUGUGGGCAGACCUAAGAGCUGGAACUGGAUCUGUGUGUCUGUGGUCAACGGUCAACUCACUGUCUUUGCAGUUUGUGAGGGUGGAGUUGGCAUCUGUUCGUACUUGCCUUUACAUUGCAGGGCUGCCACUUUUGAAGUGUUGGGGACUUCAAAAGUUUAAGGUUAAUCUGUUUAGUCCUUGCAAAAUUGAUGGCCUGUCAUCUGGUUUUGCCCUGCUCUCACUUAAGGCCCCUCAGCCAUUAAACAGGGGGACAGUUGGGUUGGUAGCUGCAAGGGGCCAGUCCCCAAGAGCCUUUACGAUCAGCCAGGGGGUUGUCUCCCAUAUAUGCUGUCAUUGUCCUAUGCAGAGUCCUAUCUGAGACAAAGGGACUCAAGUGUUGAUGGGGAAAGCUGAUAGAGGAGGGCGUAGUUGUAAAGUGAGCAAUGUAAUUACAGGUGAAGAGAGCUAAAUUCUGCCUUUGCAUGUCUUCUGACCAACCCAGGCCUAGUCAGUCUUCUACCCUUCUGGUUCCCCUGGAGGCUCUUUUUUAUAAAUAGAAGAGGGUUCAGCCUAAACCCUUGACCUCAAAUUCUCUACAUUAAUCCUCUAUUGAGGUGGCAUGUGACAUCUCUCCAUAAGGCAUAUCAGCUGUGCUUUGCCAGAUAACUCCCCACCACUCACUGCUGAGGCGGGCGGCACCAGAGGAAUGUGCUGCUGGAGGGUUACAGCCCCUCGAGUUCCUUUUUUGGGCUCUAUAACAACGGUAGGUGGCAGGGGUCAUCUCGGAGCUCAGCCAGCGUGCAUCCUGAAACCCAUGCUCCCAGAUGUCAGACUGGGAAUGCACAGUGGCUCCAACCUGCCGGGGAGAGGCCAGCAGGGCUUGAGCCUUUCCAGAACUAGGGUGGUAAAGAGUGAGGAUGAGAGUGUGGGGUGUAGAAAUCAGUGUCCUGCUGAGAAGACAGUCAUAACUGCCAAAUGACCCCAGGAGAGCAACCCAUAUCCAGCUUCUUCAAAGCAGUACAGUGUGGUGGGUAGGUUAUCAGGUACAGUUGGUUGAAUAUAUAUUCAAAAGCAGGAAGGAAAAAGGGGAGCAGAUUAAUGAGGUUGUGUUUUGCUUGGCUUUUCCAGACAUAAAUGUUACACGUUCAUAAUUGGUGCUUCAGGUGGCAGCACAGUGAUAGAGGCCAGGGGUUGGGCUUCUCAGGGAUAAACAGAACCAAAAUAACAAAGUAAUGCCCAUUAACGGGGCUCCUUCUCUGGGCAGAAGUAUGAAGUCCUCUUGCAUAUUGAUAUGUCACCAAGAGCAAGUGGUCCCCUCUGCACAGUCCUGUCUGAGACAAAGGGACUCGAGUGUUCAUGGGGAGAGCUGAUGGGGGAGGGCCUAGUUUUAAAGUGAGCAAUGUAAUUACAGGUGAAGAGAGCUAAAUUCUGCCUUUGCAUGUCUCCUGACCAGCCUAGGCCUAGUCGGUCUUCUUCCACCCUUCUGGUUCCCCUGGAGGCUCCUUUCCCUCCCUGUAUGAGGGCCCCAGCGCAUGCCUCCAGAGAGAGUUCUAGGUUGGGCCUCUGGCAUCACGGAAAGGGUGUGGGCUGUGCAGGCAGACCCCAGCCCUACGCCUUACUAGCUCUCUGAUGAGAACAAGUGGAUUGGCCCCUGAAUAUCCUGGGAUUGUUUCCCUUUGAUGAUAAAAUGGAAUUUAGGAUAGCUAUCUUGCAGGGUGGUUGUGAAGAUGAAAUGAGCUGAUACAUAUAAGUGAGUGAGUGAUCAGUAAAGUAAGCAGUCAGUAAAUGGUACUUUAUUCACACCUUAUAGCAUCUUGUCCUGCAUCUGGUUUACAUAAUCCUAAAUGGUGGCCCAACAGUUAAGCACGCGACUGCUAACCGAAGGGUUGGUAGUUGGAAACCAUCCAGCUGCUCCAUGGAAAAAAGACCUGGCAAUCUGCUCCUUGAAAGAUUACGGCCUAGAAAACCCUAUGGGGCAGUUCUACUCUGUCACAUGGGGUCGCUGUGAGUCGAAAAUCCACUCGAUGGCACUUAACAACAACAACAAACGUGUUUCCCCUGAGGCUUCAUUUGAUCGGGGAGGAGGGGGAGCCUCAUCUUCCACCUGGCUCUGGGGCCCCUUAUCAAACACCAACAUGAAUACCCUGUGCCAAAUGAGGACGUCUCCCCCACUGUAAGUAGCUCUAAAACAAUGGUUCUCAAACCCUGAUUGGAGAGUCUGAGUCAGCAGAGCUGGGGUGGGCCCUUGAAAUAUGUGUUUUUAACAAGCUUCCUGGGUGACUGUAGUGCAGAUAUCCAUGGACCACAUUUUGAGAAAUGCUUUCAUCUAACCACGAUAAAUAUAAAUAGCUGCCCUGUCUGCAUUGUGAAAGAUAGAACCUAACUCCCAUGGAAAUGUUUAUUUUUUGUAGUUAAUUCAGGGUAAAGGAUCUUUUCUGAAAUUGUUAAGAAGCACCAAGUUUAACUGUAAACUGUUCUCUGGGUACCUGUUCAGAAAAAAACAGGCCCCAUCAGUAUGACUUGACUUGAGCCAAGUCACCUCCUUCCCAUUCGGGUAAGUUCUCCUCCAGUGAACGGAAUAGGAGGGGAUAUUCUUGACUUACCCUGUCUCACAGUACAGCUCUCUCCCGCUUUGUUUCUGUUCUUCUACCUCGUCAUUUAUUCCAAAUUAUAUUAGGAGGAGGAGGAGUAUCUCUGGCUUCAUCCUGCCUGAGGCUGGCUCUCAGUACUUUUCUCCCACAUUUCAUCAGCUCAUUGAUAUUCGUUUAUAAUUUCUAACAAGACCUGACCGUAAUUCUAGGCAUUCGCUUUUUAGCAAAUAAAACUGGCUCAAAUUCAUGCCGGAGGCAGCUUCCUCCACAUGUCCGUUUCUUCCAGGUUUGUUGUUAGUACGUCUUGGGUGGAAGGAGGGGAGGGUAUAUUUUUGGACGCUGUGCUGUCUGAAUCGGGUUUCUCUCCCCCCUCCUACGCCCCUUCCCUGAUUCCGCUGUUCCUUCAUCAUUCAUGUGGGAACAAAAAUAAUUGGAUUGAGAUAGUUUCAGCUUCCAAACUUUUGCCAUCCUCAGAGUGUUUUCUAUGGGCAGUUAGUAUCCUGCCCAAACAGAAGGAGUUCCAGGGGCCAAUGAGUAUGGGAAAAAGUGAACAGAAUAAAAUUUAACAGCUCUCUUUAUUGAGGGACUUGUUUGGAGCCUUUAAUAUGUGAAUAUUCUUUGUAAAUCAACAAGGUGAAAUAGCCUGCUGUUUCCUAAGUGUUUCUGAGCAUGAGACCUAUUCACUUGGAGUCAGGUUACUUGGAACUCUUCCCGGGAACUGUUGGACAGAAGUAUAGCUUCCUGGAAGUUGUUUUUAACACCCGUUCCUCUUUUUUUUUUUCCUCUUUAUUUGAUUAUAAUACCCAAACCCGUUGCUGUGGCAUCAAUUCCAACUCAUAGUGACCCUAUAGACAGAGUAGAACUGCCCCAUAGGGUUUCCAGGGAGCCCCUGCUGGAUUCGAACUGCUCACCUUUUGGUUAGCAGCCAUAGCUCUUAAUCACUACGCCACCAGGGUUUCCUUGAUUAUAAUAGUAGUUAUGAUUUAUUGAAUGCAGAUUAUGUGCCAAGUAUUGUGUUCUAAGCACUUCACAAACAUUUUCAUGUUUAACCCUAUUACCCAUAACUUUCAGAUGAGGAAAUUUGUCCUAGUCAGAGGCGAGUAAGUGGUGGAGGCAGAAUUGGAACCCGGAACUGCCCCCCAACCUGCUCUUCACACCACUCCCCCACCUCAGCUAUCUGGGGGAGCAAGCAGUCUUCUAGGCCCGUGCUGGCUGCAUUUGGGUCUCACUGUUUUUCUUCCCCAAGAUGCUCAUUCACGGUAGAAGAAACACCAGCCUGCUUUCUGCCAGGGACCCUGUGGAGCACCUUAUCAUGCUCUUGCCCCCAUUUACCACAAGAAAAUGAACUGACCUUUGACAUCAAUCACAGUAAAUAUUCCUACUCUGCACACUUACUUGCCUCCCAUUCCACUGGCUCUAAUCUCAUACAUAUUUGUCAUCAUCAUCUGUCUAACCUGCAGCCUGGGGAGGGGGGCAUACACCAUGUGCAGAUGGCAGAUGGAGGCUUUUUUGUUGAAGACGAUCACACCCUCGUGGAAUCAGCUGGCUCCCAGCCCUUCAGCUGUCUAGCGCGCCCCUUCCUUUGCCAUCUCCUGAGGUCCGGCUUUGAGGCUUUCCAGAAUUCCACAGGAGGUCAGGCCACAGACCACUGAGGCGGCAGUUGCUGCAUUGUUCCAGCCCUUCUCUGCUUAUAAAUAGAAACCCAUCCAUACCACAGCCCUGGCCGGAGAUUCUCUGCAUUGUUUUGGCCCUAGAUUGCCAGCUGCAGAGAAAGAGUUUGUGUGGGGGGAGACAGGAGGCAGAAACCCAUGCUGGAAGGAAGCCGGGAGUCCAGCCCCAAUCUGUUCUCAGUGAUUGGUUCCCCCAUCCUGAUUGGCCUGACCUUGCUGGCUGGGCUACAAGGAUGCAGAGGCUUUGCUUCCAAACCAAAAAACCCAAACCCGUUGCUGUAGAGUCAAUUCCGGCUCAUAGCAACCCUAUAGGACAGUGUAGAACUGCGCCAUAGGGUUUCCAAAGAGCGGCUGGUAGAUUCAAACGCCAAUCUUUUACUUAGCAGCCAAACUAAUGAUGAUUCAUGGCCGUGCCUGGGCUUGGUUUUUGGUCUGGACACCUACAUCAAGUCCAUCCUGCCCCUGGCCUGCAGGUCACAUGGGCUACAGUUCCUGCCCGCUCCACCGCCCCUCUUCCAUCGCUCUUCCUAUUCUCAAGGCACAGCCCCUCUGAACACUCCAUUUUUCAGACAGCCCACUCUCCCCACCUCAGGGCUGUUCCACACUCCCACUCAUCCUGUGGGUCUCGGUUUAAACCCCGCUUCCCCAGAGAGCCUGCACCCUCGGAUUGCUCAGCACCCCUCCCCUUGUGCACUGCUGCACUGAGGGAUACGUCACAGUUGCAGUUAGUUGUGUAAUUCAUUGUUUGAUCGCUUUCUUUAGUCUUUGUCCCCUCUGCUAAACAGCUGCAUAAGAUCAAGGACUGCAUCAGCCUUGUCUGCCCCCAGCCCCCAACAGUGCCAGGUCAGAGCAAGGGUCAAGAGCUGUCAGGUAAAUGACUGCCUACAAGCACAUCCUAGAAAGAAGCUGAAACUUGCUCAAAAGCCAGACCCCAGGAAGGGAUGACAAAGGGGCGGUAGGAUAUGACAGCUCAAGGGCGUGGAGCCAGCUGGUCCCCCAUAGUCACACAGCAAGGCUAGUAUUGGAACAGGCCCAGGGCUGGCCCCGGCGCUCUCUGCUCCGUCCGAGCUCACCCAAGCUUCCACCAGGCACCAUACAGUGACCCCUUCCGUGCCCAUUGGUCCUCUGGUUCUCAUCAUCCCAGGGGCAUGCUAGCUCAGGGCCAGAAUGGCUGUCCGUGUCCAUGCAGCCCAGCAAGUGAUGAGGAUUGCGGCCUGAACACAAAGACCCCGCCGGGUACGAGCGUCUGCUCCACUGGCCAGGUAGAACGAGUUGUCUCACCUGAUUCAGGCUUCGGCUUCCUCACCUGUGAAACGGCAAGGCAGGGCAGGGCAGGGUAUGAACAGGACGUCAGACAGCGGUGGGAUGGAAUCACCAGGCAUCCUCACGGUAACUUCCCUGGCACUGUGGAGAGACCCAGGAGCUGCAGUAGCCCUGCUGAGCAGACCAGGCCAGUGCCCUUCUGCCCAGGCACACGCCCACAAGGUCUUCCUCUGAUGCAGGAGCUGACUAGCAGCACUUCCUUCAGGAAUGUACUGAGAGACCCGGGGAGGAGGGCCAGAUCUGGACUGAAGGAUACCUGGCCCUGUUUUCCCCCCGGUCUUGGCCUGACCCAGUAGGUACAGGGCUAGCCCUGGGAAAGGACCUCUGUCCACUUACCCAGUCUGCAGGUCUGGUUUCUGGCCCUGCAGGAGAGAACGCUGGAGUCACAGCUCACACCCCCACCAAAGCCAUGCUCCCACCCACCCCUUGCCAGUCUUGCCAUCCCAGUUCUCUCCAGCUGGCCAAGGGGACAUGGGCGGGCAGGGGUCGGGGGGAGAGGGCAGGAAGGGCUGCCAUCCUGAGUUUUGAGUCACUCCCUGGCUGCAGCUGACAGAAGGGGCUGUAUGAGCUGAUGUAACAGCUUAACUGCCACCAGCCAAUGUACUCCGGAGCAUUUCAAAUUCUCAAGACUUAGGGUGUUUGCCUUUUCACUUUUACUCUCUUUGUUUUAGUGAACACAGAUUUACCUCAGUGUAGGGAGAUGAAACUACUUAUGUCACAAGGUUCUCCGUAUUGGUGAUUUGAUCCUGCAGGUUGAAUCCCACCUCCCCCCUUGCCACAUGUUCCUCUUGCCCAGGAUGCAGCUAGCCAAUGAGAACCAUUUGCAAAGUGGCAGCAGCUGUACCUCUGAGCUGACUUCAAGCCCUAAUCCUCCUCACCAUGGCCACUGCUGAGCUUUGGGCCUGCUGACCUGGCUGACUGCUCGCUGUUGCCUUCAGGACCCUCUUUUUUUUUAUUUUGAGCUACUCUGGAGACAGGAGGAAAUAUCUUCUUUGAGACAGUCAAGCCAAGUGGUGCUCAGACUCUGCUGUUUGGUUGUCAGCUUCACAGAUGGUAGGGACCGGUGGUCAUCAUCCAAAAGCAUUUAUCGAGGUGGCAUACUUCCUGUGUGAAGCCGUCCUGCCAACCCCCCAUCAGCACAGCAUGGGGAGGGUUAGGUCUGGGCUGUUCCAGCCACACACUUAUCACCCAGGCCCUAGUCCCAGGGUGUGUGUUGCUGGCUGCAAGACGUGUGCUCAGGGAGCAGUAGGUGGUCUCUUCUGUGCCUGUGGCUCAGAGCAAAGCUGACCCAUGAGGCAUCCAAGUACCUUGCAUUUAGGGCUAAGUGAUUAUCCAGUUCAACUCUCUCCUCGAAUACAAAAGAGAACUGAGACCCAAAGAGGAGAAGGAAGGGGAAGGAAGUAGAGUGUAUUAGUUAAGACCGUGGGUAUACCUGGGCUCGAAUCACAUCCUAACAGUGCAAUUUAGGGCAAGUCACUUAAACCUCUCUGUGUUCCAGUUUCAUGAUCUAUCAAAGGGGGAAAGAAUAAUACCUUCAAUUAGACUUGUUGAGGAUUAAAUGAGACACUGUACAUAAAGCUGGUAGUUUUAUUAUCAUCAUCAUAUUUAUGGACAAGGUAGGAAUAGAAAGCUAAUUUUUCCAUUUCUGACCCACUGCUCUUUUACUGCACAUAAUGACUCUUGGAUUUAUUAGCAUAUGGCUAGAAUCAAAGAGCUAAAAUGAGUCUGUUGUAAGGAGAUCUGAGUGGCUUGCUCUGUUAGCUCUUUAUAGUCCAAAACAAUUGAGACAGCUGCCAAGAGGUGAAAUCUUUCUUGGAGCAUUACAACUUUAAAAGAUCUUCCUCUUCAGCUGUACAUGAUGGGUCAGUUUGUGCAAUAGAUGUUCACUGGAUGAGAAAAAUAUUCAUGGUCAAACUUUCUGUGGUAAAUAUUUUAUCUUCUCAUAUUCAGCCAUGCCAUAAAAAUCGAUUAUUGGAAGUCGCACCAUGGAGAUCUAGUUAUAACCUGCAUGCAGUCUCUAAUGGACUGAGGAGUUCCAGGAACACAUGGGCCAUUUAUGGUGUUUGUGUGUCCACAGGAUAACGAUACCUAUCACUUGAAGGUGCAAACCAGGCAGGCCCUGCCUCCUACUUUUCACUGCUUACAAAGAUCUGUCCCUAAUUACCUUCUGGCAUCCUGCAUGUCCUCACUGCACAAUUUCCCCCAUGGAAUGGCACCCAUGAAGGUGCGAUUUCACUUCUCAGCAAUCCAUGUUGAAGUGAGAGCCCCCAAAAUGCACUUGGCCUAAAAUUGGAAGCUACCAACAAAGGAAAACCUGCCUCUUUAAGAAGUUUCUUAACUGGUUUUUAUUAUAGAGAUGAGACUUCAUGAUGGUGUCCAUCCACUGCCUUUUGGGUAUAAAAUCAGAAAACACUUUGGGCUUCUCUGAAACUCAUUUUUCUUUCCAAUGGCUUAUCUUGCUUUUAGAGAGUAUUUUGUUCCCAAGCAAUUCAGUUGGGGAAUCUGGAAUGAGAAAGGGCACAGCUCUUUUCAGUUUAUCAUUUAAAGCUGAUCAGGGCAUGAGAGCAAGUUGUCUGAGUAGAUAAGAGUCACUCUAAUCUAGAACUCAAUUUCCCAUUAGAUGCUUAAUCAAAGAUGUUUAUUUUGUCUUACUGCUAAACUUCUGUUGAGACCAAAUAGAAUAUUCCAAGUACACUUGGUUUGGCUGCCUAGUAACAGGAAAUGGAACCAUGGGGACCUGUGUUGUGGUGAUCUAUUACCAUUUGUAAGUUUAUUAAUACUGCCAAAUAAUGACUUCUGUUUUUUUCCUGGCACUAAUACCAGAUUUGAGAGGGCAGAAAGCUAAAGAAAAAACAGAACUGGCACUGCUUAUCAUUACAGUAAAACUCUUUCAGACUGUACCUCAGCUAUGGUAUUGGAACUGUGUCUAUCGACCAAGUGACCAAGCCCCUGGGCAACCUUCUCCAUAAAGUGUCUAUGGAGCUAAAAUAGCACUAACUGCUUUAUAAAAAGAAGAAUGGUCUCAAAGCAAUGACCUCAGUUUCUACCUUAAGAUACUAGGAACAAAACUCGUUGCUGUCGAGUUGAUUCCAACUCAUAGCGACCCGACAAGACAGAGUAGAACUGCCCCAUAGGGUUUCCAAGGAGCUCUUGGUGAAUUCGAACUGCCAGCCUUUUGGUUAGCAGCUGUAGCUCUUAACCACUCACCACCAGGGUUUCCAGAUACUAGGAGAAGAAGAGCAAAAUAGGCAGAGGAAAAAAUUAAUAUCAGAGCAGAAAUUAAUAAAAUAGAAAAUAAAACAAGACCAAAAAAUAGAAUAAAACCAGAGAUGAUUCUUUGAGAAAAUCUAUUAAAUUAAUAAACCCUUGGCCAGAAUGAUAAGAGAAAAAAGAGAUAAGACACAAAUUACCAGUGUCAAAAGUGAGAUGGUGACAUCAUUACAGAUUCUUCAGAUAAUAAAAGAACAGUCAGGGACUAUUAUCAACAUACUAUGACGAUAAAUCUGACGACUUAGAUGAAAUAGACAGAUUCCUUGAAAGACACAAAUGCCAAAGCUCACUCAAGAAGAAAAAAAUAACCUGCUUAGCCCUAUAGCUAUUUAAAAAUUUGAAUUUGUCAUUAAAAACCUUCCCACAAAGAAAACAUCAGGCCCAAAUAUCUCCCCUAGUGAAUUCUGCUAAAUAUUUAUGGAAGAAAUUGUAUCAAUUCUGCAUAAACUCUUACAGAAAACUCAAGAUGUGAGAAUACUUCCCGAUUCAUUCUAUGAGGCCAGCAUUACUCUGAUACCAAAAGCAGAGAAGGACAUGCAACAACAGAAAAUUACAAAUAUUUCUCAUCAAGACAAGUGCGAAAAUUCCUAGCAAAAUUUUAGCAAUCAAAUGCAACGAUCUAUAAAAAGAACAAUGCAUAAUGACCAAGUGGGGUUUAUCCCAGCAGUGCAAGGUUGGUUUAAAAAUCAAUAUAAUUGACCGUGUAACACACUUCAAAAAAUAUACCAUCAUCUAAUAGAUGCAGAAAAAGCAUUUGAUAAAAUCCAGUGUCUACUCCUAGUUUUUAAAAAAAAAAAAAAAAAACUCAGCUAACUAGGAAGAAAUGGGAACUUUCUCCACCCAAUAAAAGAUACCUAGGAAAAACCUUCUGUUUAUAUCAUACUUAGUAAUGAAAGACGGAAUGAUUUCACUUGCAGAUUGGGAAAAGGCAAAAAUGUCUGCUCUUACCACUUCUAUUCAGCAUUAUACUGGAGGUUCUAGUCAGUCACUAAGGCAAGAUAAAGAAACAAAAAAGGCAGCCAGACUGGAAAGGAGGAAGUAAAGUUGGCUUUCUUUGGAGAUGGUUAUAAUCUACACAGAAAAACCCUAUAAAAUCUAUAAUAAAAAAAGAUCAGGUACUAGAACUACUGAGUUUAGCAAGGUUACAGGAUACAAGCCCGAUAAAUAAAAAUCAAUUGUAUUUCUAUAUACAAGCAACAAAUAAUCAGAAGCUUUUAAAAAAACAAUACCUUUUACAAUAGCAUCAAAAAAUAAGAAUUACUUAGGUAUAGUCUGACAAAAGAUGUGCAAGACUUUUUGCACUGAAAACUACAGAACACUGCUGAUUGAAAUUAAGAACACCUAAAUAAGUGGAGGAAGCCCUGGUGGGCACAGUGGUUAAGAGCUAUGGCUGCUAACUAGAAGGUUGGCAGUUCAAAUCCACUAGGCACUCCUUGGAAACUGAUAUGUGCUCAUGGAUCAGAAUACUCAACAUUAUUAAGAUGUCAGUUCUCUCCAAAUUGAUCUAUAGAUUUGACACAAUCCCAGUCAAAAUCCCAGCAGGCUAUUUUUGUAGCUUAUCCUAAAAUUCAUACAAAAAUGCAAAGGACCAGUAAUAGCCACAACAACUUUGAAACAGAAGAAAGUUAUACUACUUGUUUUUAAGCCUUAUUAUAAAGCUACAUACUCAAGACCGUGUGCUGUUAGUGUCAGGAUACUCAAAUAGAUCAAUUGUAUGGAAUAGAAAGUCAUUUAGGGAAGUACGAAUUAAAACCAUGAUAAGAUACUACUGCACACCUAUUAAAAUGCUGAAAAUUAAAAAGACUGCCCAUAGCAAAUAUUGGCAAGAAUAUGGAACAACUGGAACUCUCAUAUGCUGCUGGUUGGAAGGUAAAAUGGUCCAACUGCCUUGGAAAACAGCCACACCGGUCUCAUGAUGACCCCAUGCAGAAGGGAAGGAAACGCUGCCCCAUCCUGCACCAUCCCCAUGGUGGGUUGUGGAUUGGACCAUUGCAGUCCAUAGGGUUUUCAAUGGCCGAUUUUUGGAAGUAGAUCUCCAGGCAUCUCUUCUAGACCAUCUUAGUCUGGAAGCUCCGCUGAAACCCGUUCAGCAUCAUAGCAACAUGCAAGUCUACUCCGACAGGUGGGGCUGUACAUGAGGUGCAUUGGCUGGGCAUCAAACCUGGGUCUUCUGCAUGGAAAGCGAGAAUCCAUACAGAUGAUAAAACUUCCCAAAUUAUUCCCUUUACAUAUUGUAUGUCAAUCAUACCAGAACAAAGCUGUUUUUAGACAGGAGUUUGAGUAGCCCUUUCCCCUUCUCACUAGUCUGGGAAAGAGAAAUUCGGAAAGCUGAUGCCUGCUGCUCAGCUCAAAAUACAUGUUUUGUUAAACAUACUCUACCACCAAAAAAUAAUAAGGCUGCAAUUGUGUGAGCGCCUAUGAAGUGAGCGCUAUGAUUAGGUGAUUAAGUCAGGUGUGCUGGUGCAUGGAGUCACUGUGCAAUCCCAGAGGUGAACUUGGGCAUAUGAGUCUGAUUCUUCUACCUUCCCUCCAGGCAGCCAGAGGGUGAUGAGCUGCAUGGCUGGGUUUGGCCAUGGAGGGGUGGAGUGGGGUGAGCCACCUGGCCUGCUUUGGACUGAAGUCCAAAGGGGUCCUCUGCAAGACACAGCUUGCCGGAUUCUCUAACCUGACUCCCAUUUAAGAAGGAAGUGGUCCUUCCUCCCUGCAUGCCCAUCUCCCUAAAAUCCCCCAGGGCAGGAAGAUGGAUCCUGUGCAGGACUCAGACCUUCCUGGGUUCCCUGGCCAUCAGCCCAUCAAUUCAGCCAAUCCCACAGCUAUUUCUCACACCCAUCAUUCCUAUAGAAUCAUCAGCUUCACGCUGGGGGAGGAGUGGGUGUCCCUCCUCCAUCACCGGUGGAGGGAGCUGGAAUGGGUCCCUGUGGGGAAUCACCUGGCACUGUCUGUUAAGAAGGCAGCUGUAGAAGCCUCGUCUGCCUCACUUCACAGGAAGUAGCAGGCAGGAAAUCCCCAGGCCCAGAAUGUAACAACAUCCUAAGUGCUGCAUUAACCACUCUAUCCUCUGCACUGCAGUGAAGGGCUGGUGCCUGUGCUACCAAGCUUAUUCCUGGAGGCCCAACCACACAGAAAUCUGCUGAUCAGAGGCACCUUAGGAAGCCUGAAAGGGAGUCUUUUUCCAUUGCCUACAGCCAGAUCAGCAACCAAAGUCAUCACUAAAAAUCAUGGCAGAGGGACAUUCAAAUAGCCAGCAAAUACAGGAAAAGACGCUCAACGUCAUUAGCCAUCAGAGAGAUGCAAAUCAAAACCACAAUGAGAUACCAUUUCACUCCUACUGAGAUGGCUAAGAUUUAAAAAAAAAAAAAAAAAAAAACAGAAAAGAACAAAUGUUGGUGAGGAUGUGGGGAAAUUGAAAUCCUUACCAACUGCUGAUGGGAACGCAAAAUGACACAGCUGUUGUGGAAAACAGUGUGGCGGUUUCUCAAAAAAACUAAAAAUAGGACUACCAUAUGACCCAGCAAUUCCACUCCUAGGUAUAUGUCCAAAAGACUUGAAGGCAGAGACUCAAACAGAGACUUGUAAACCAACAUUCAUUGCAGCAUUAUUCACAAUAGCCAAAAGGUGGACGCGACCUAAAUGCCCAUCGACAGAUGAAUGGCAAAACAAAAUGUGGUGCAUACAUACAAUGGAAGACUACUCAGCCAGCUGGAGAAAUGAAAUCUUGAUACAUGGUACAAUAUGGAUGGGGCUGGAAGACAUUAUGCUGAGUGAAAUAAGUCACAAAAGGACAAAUAUUGUAUAACCUCACAUAUAAAAAAACAAGAAAAGGCAAACGUAUAGAGAACAAAU